AUGAAGUUCUCUAUUUUCGCAAUUUUGCUCUCCACUGUCUCCGCCGUGGAUGUCAACCUUGAAGGAUCCAUCUCUACAGAGUCGUCUCUUGGAAAGAAGAUCUUGUCCAAUGCUCGUGCUUUGAACCAGAACAACAAUGGAUACACCUCUUGGAUGCAAAACUACUCCAUCAAGUUUGACGGAUGUGUUCAAAUUCCCCGCUUUGAACGCGAAGAAGGAUUCCGCUCUGACCUUUUGGCUAAGUUCAAGCUUUGCCCAUCUGACUCUUGUGGCAGCUGCUGGAACGGAGGAGAAUAUGUUGUUGACUUGAAAGAACUCAUUGAAGCCUACCAAGAAGCCAAGCAGAUGGAGAACGAACAAGCUUGUGAAAACGCUGUCCAAUCCUGUGAAUACCAAUGCCAAAACGGAUAUUACAGCUACCAAGGAGAUGAUGACGAAGGUUGCCAAUACUCCUGUUUGGCUGCCCAAUCCAUGAGCUACUGCAUGCAAGAUGACAAUCAAGAUCAAGCCAUGGAUGACAUUGGUGAAUGCCGUGCCUUGAACGAACAAGAAGGACAAAACGGAAACAACAAUGGAAACAACGGUUACAACGCCAACUACAACACCAACUACCAGGUUUUCUACGUUGGUGCUUACUGUACUUCCAAGGGUGUUUUCGCCGGAACUUUCAAGGAUUCCGCCUGUACCAAGAAGGCCCCCAGCGGAACCUACGAAAAGUUCAACUACGGAUCCAGUCUUCCGACUGAAGCCCUUGUCCCCUCUGGAUGCAUUGCCAGUUGCGAUGCCUCUGCUUACCAAAACAACGAUAACAACAACAAUGGCAACAACAAUAACAAUAACAACGACGACCAAAACCAAAACGCCGUCGCUGACGUUUGCGAAAACCUUUACGAGCAAUCUGCCAAAUGCGAAAAGAACGUCAAUGGUAUCACUUACCCAGACACCAGUGGCUGCGAGCUCAUCAAGGAAAUGCUUCCACGCGCCAACAACGCUUUUGCUCAAAUGCAAGGAAAGAAGUCCGCCGCUGCCAUCUGGGCCUGGAUCUUUGGAAUUUCUUGUGUCUGCAUGGGUGCUUACAUCUUUUUGCUUCACAAGAGAGUCAUCCGUGAACGAGUUGACAUGAACAAGCUUGGCCUUGUUUAA